CCACCUCCAUCUUCCCCCAUCUAUCAAUCUUCCUGUACAUACAAAUAACUUUACUUCAAAACUCCCCCACAUAAAACAUAAUGCAAGGAAAACGUUUCAUUUUUCUGCUUUCUAUAAUUUUCAUUAUCUUAGAAAACAGAACUACUAAUGGUGCUUCAUUUAGUGUUGGUGGUGGAGUUGGUGUUGGUGUUGGUGUUGGUGUAGGUGUUGGUGGCAGUGGUGGGUGGGUAGGUGGCGGUGGUGGGCUGACUUACCCAAGCCCAUCAUCUCCAUCAUCAUCAUCAAGUCUCAAGAAUGCUUAUAUAGCACUUCAAGCAUGGAAAGCAGAGAUCAAAAGUGACCCAAAUGGGCUGUUGAAAUCAUGGGUCGGGUCAAAUGUAUGUAGUUAUCAUGGUGUGUUUUGUGCAGAUCCAACAAGUGAAAUGGUUGGUGGUGGUGAUCCUUAUGGGCCAGUUGUUGCAGGUAUAGAUCUCAACCAUGGCAACCUCAAGGGCAUUUUAGUAAAAGAGCUCUCUCUUCUCACUGAUAUGUCUUUACUUCACCUCAAUAGUAAUAGAUUCACAGGCAUUAUACCAACAUCUUUUAAAGACCUUUUUGCCCUCACUGAACUUGACCUUAGUAAUAACAUGUUUUCUGGCCCAUUUCCUGUUACAACCCUUCAAAUCCCAAACCUGUUAUAUUUAGACCUUAGAUUUAACUCAUUUUCCGGGCCCAUCCCACAAGAAGUCUUUAACAAGAAUCUUGAUGCCAUUUUUUUAAAUAACAACUUUUUUGAAGGCGAAAUCCCACAAAGUUUAGCCAACUCGCCUGCUUCUGUUAUAAAUUUAGCAAACAAUAAGUUGAGUGGUGAUAUACCAAUAAACUUUGGUUAUGCAAGCCCAAAGUUGAAAGAAAUAUUGUUUAUGAAUAAUCAGUUAACUGGUUGUAUACCUCAAGGGAUUGGAAUGUGGUCUGAUGUGCAAGUUUUUGAUGCAAGUUUUAAUUCGUUAAUGGGCCAUUUACCCGAUACCAUAUCUUGUUUAGAAGAUAUCGAAGUUUUGAAUGUGGCACAUAAUAAGUUAUCAGGUGAGUUACCAGAUUUUGUUUGUGAGCUAAGGAGCUUGUUGAAGUUUAGUGUGGCUUAUAAUUUUAUAUCAGGGUUUAGUCAAGAAUGCCCAAAAUUGUAUGAUAAAAAUGUGGGAUUCGAUAUUGAGCUGAAUUGUAUACCGGGAUUAGAAAUGCAAAGGCCACAACCCGAGUGUUCUUUGAUUCCUGGUGGUGGAUUAAGUUGUCUUAGAAUUCCUUCUGUUAGGCCUCUUGCUUGUGGUACAUUACUUCAAUCUUUAAACUCGUCGGCGCCAUGAGGUGACGUUGACACGAUUUGGUCGAAAAUAGGCCUAAUUCUGCUCGAAAACCUGUUUUGAAGGAAUGUAGCUUGAUGGGUGUUUUUCUCACUAGGGGUAGAGCAUUUGUUGGAGGGUAGUAUGGUAAAGAUUAUAUAUAUAUAAUAUUCAUGUAAUUAUUGUUUGUAUUUUGUAUGGAUAACAGAAAGAUUUAGCAAUAUUGGUAUAGUAUUUGACUAGCAUUAAUAAUGGAGGUUGACAUUUUGGUUUAUUCAUAAUAUAAGUUCUAUAUUCAAUAUUGCAUACUUCUGUUUGGUUAUAGAUUAAAGAGAAAAUGUCACAAAUGGUCCUUUUGGUUUGUCACA